AACCGUACUCAGACAGUGGCAGCCCUGCUCGACGUCAGCCCUGUGGAGGAUACCGUGUGGAUACUCAAUUAAAGUAAAUUGCUUACGGUUCGAAAAGAAUUGUUGUUCGGAGUGGUAUCAACAGUCACCGGGGUUCGCGCAAUACCGGGAAACGCCCUUUUACUCUCGUUUGUUGUGUAGCGUCUGCAAAAACAGAUUGAAGGUUGGGCCGCCAUCCCAAAAAUCCUUUUCUCGAGUUACGGCUCUCCGCCCUGUACGCCGAUAUUUCAAGUUAUUGAGGAUUUUGCUCCAAAAUGCAAGCCAUCAAGUGUGUUGUCGUGGGUGACGGUGCCGUCGGUAAAACUUGUCUGCUCAUCAGUUACACUACCAAUGCAUUCCCAGGAGAAUAUAUUCCCACUGUAUUUGACAACUACUCUGCAAAUGUUAUGGUUGAUGGCAAACCUAUUAAUUUAGGCCUAUGGGAUACAGCUGGUCAAGAAGAUUAUGAUCGUCUCCGGCCUCUAUCUUAUCCACAAACAGAUGUUUUCCUUAUAUGCUUUUCUCUGGUAAAUCCAGCAUCAUUCGAGAACGUCAGGGCAAAGUGGUAUCCAGAAGUGCGUCAUCACUGUCCUACAACACCAAUUAUUCUGGUUGGUACAAAGUUGGAUCUUCGAGAUGACAAAGACACCAAUGAAAAGCUGAAAGAAAAGAAGUUGGCACCCAUCACCUACCCACAGGGCUUGUCAAUGGCCAAAGAUAUUGGAGCCGUGAAAUAUUUGGAAUGCAGCGCUUUAACCCAAAAAGGAUUGAAGACUGUUUUUGAUGAGGCUAUUCGUGCAGUCCUUUGUCCUGUCGUGCCUAUCAAGCGCAAAAAGCAAUGUGUUUUGCUGUAGAGCCUGGGAAGAAUUCUUUGUUUUGUAGGAAAUGGUUUAUUUUUACCAUAGAGAGAAGACUUAAUUUGAUUUAUAUAUUGGAAAGAGAAUCGGAAUAUUGUGAAAUGUCUCUUCGGUGCACAUUAGGAAAUCUUAUCCUCUUCUUUGUAACACAUAAUUUUGUCUGACUGUGAUUCUUAGAAAUCAUUUGGGUCAGAAUUGGCAAGCAUGUUUUCCUGCAAGUUAAUUGCUGGAAUAGCAAUACUGAUCCAUAUUAAAUUUAUGAAAUUCAUUCUGUCCGAAAGAUUAAUUAACAUUAUUUUUUAACUUUGAGGGAACAAAGGAGCACUUUUCAAUUUUUUAACAGUUCAUUGGGCCUAUGAGGGAGGGGUUGGGGGGAUAAAGGAAUUGAAAUAUCCUGUUACUUCUGUGGAAUGUUUGUGUUAAUCAUAUCUAUUAGCAAUCAGUGAGUAGGUGUGGGUGUGUAAAUGCUUAUGAAUGGUUAUUCAUCUGCAUACUCGCUGUCACUGUUGCCAGUAACUCUUGCACAUCAUCUUGUGCAUGUUUCAACCUCUUGUGAUAGCACAAGGAAAACUAACAAACUAUAGAACACCUAAAGUACUGGUUUGGGUGCAUCACUUAACUAGCCUCUUGAUCUAAUAGCUGUUUAUUACUAAUUUUACUAAAACAACAAAACUGUAGCACAUUUUGGUUAAAACUUUGAUGUAUUUACAACUUAGAUCAACUUUUUAUUGAAGGUUGAAAAUUGUUGUUUUUCUUCUCUUUUUUUUCUAAAUUUAUCUAUGGACUUAAAUUGUCACUGCCAUUUUAUCCUAAAAUACUUGUUCUUUCACUAUGAAGUCUCUAGAUUAUUCUGUAGGCUGCUGAGAUGUCUGUUUCUUAUGAACAUAUCAGGAGUUUCAAAUGUUACUGCAUUUAAUCCUUUAACACUUAUUCUACUUAUGCCUACAAUUGGCUCCCCAACCAAUUUUGUGAAAUGUUGCUAUAGAGAACUAAAGCAGACUGAGUCAGGGAGAAAUAUUUCUUCAACUAUUUAAUUGAGAGUAGUUUUGUGGUGACCCUUAACGUUUGUCGCACAAAGUAAUGCACCAGACAGUUACCAAAUUUUAAAGAACAACUUGUAUUUUUUUUUAGUUAGGAUUUAAUAUUUCUCAAUUUUUUGUAUAUUUCAUACCCACAUCUGCCACUUUCUUGUUUUUUCUUUCUAUGCCAGCUUUCCUUGGAUGUCAAGUGUAAGUAGAAGACUUUAGUGUCUUCUUUCUAGGAUUAAGUUAGAAUUAUGAACCAAUUGCUAAGUAUUCUGGGCUGCAUGUAAGGGCGCUAAACCUUCACUGGCCCAAAGUUUUGAAAUUCCCUUACAUUUUUGAGGCCAUGAUUAAAAUUAUUUUGCUAUUCUCAUUGAAGAGUAACUCAGAAAUCAAAAACCUAUUUCACCAAGUUUUCAAAUCAAUUAAAAACUUUAAUUGUGUAUGUAGUUGUCUAACAGAACGGAUAACCUGAUCGUGUGUACUUCACUUGUGGCAAUUGUAUUCCAUAUAUUCCCUUCAGUAACUGUGCUUCCUCCCAAUGGUGUACUAAUUUAAACUUACUUAGAGCUCAUAGCUUUUUUUUUCUUAUUUUGUAAAUUAUGAUUCCGAAUUGUGAAUUUUUGGGGUGGGUAUUAAACUUGUCUAGAGAACAUUACAAUGCAAAAUUUGUUUUUGAUGUGUCCUUUGUUCUGUUUGGUUCAGGGCUUUCUACAGCUGAUUGGUGAUAUUGAGCCCAAUGGUAAGAUAAUUUUUUAUAGGGUUGUUUGUUUGCAUAAUUGUUGUAGAGAGAUUUAUUUUAUUUUAAAAUAUAUAUACAAUAUGUUACUCUUCUGUUUGAUCAUUUGAAGUUACUGGUAUGCAUUAGUAAAAGCUCAGAUGUGUUUGAGAAAAGCAAUUGUUUCCACUCAGUUUGCAUCAAACUUAUUGAGCGAUUUUGUUUUUCAUGGUGGGGUUAAAUUGUUGCAGCUUUCCUCCAGACUUCUUUGGCACAGCUUAGGUUUUAGAUUGGUAUCCCUAAUACCCACAUUUUGACAUCCCAUAUGUAUUGUCUUCUGAAUUAAUUUUUUUUCCUCCUAAAUUUACAUAUUGUGACUCUUAGGGUAGUAGGUCUUCAAUAUUUCUGUACUGUCCCUGCCCCUCUUAUUUCAUCCUACAUUAGCCUGUUUGGGGUGCCUGCACCUUGCACCUUGUCUGGUGGGAUAGAGGCAUAACUUGAUGAGUUCCAGAUCAUUAAAUCAGUGCGUGGAUGCUGAAACAUGUGUUCAAUUUUUUAAUAAUUACCUUACUUGGUUAAACAUAAUGGCUUAAUAAAUUAAUUAAUUUGCUUGAAAACACUUGUGUAAUGAUAGUCAUGCGGACAGUUUGUUCGGUUUUGUUACAGAAUGCAAUAGACUUGCUCAUCAGAGAAAAUUGACCCUUAACAGGUAGUUUCUUAAUAUUGAGUUCUGUGUAAAGCUUGUUUUGUAUAGGCCAAGUGAUAAUGCCUCUGACUAAGUUGUGUAGCUAUGUGAGUAAAAUCCUUUCAUGACUAGAUGAGGCAACCCAAUUGUUUCAUUGUUGAACAGUGAUAUUUAAUAUAGUUUUAACAUGAUUUAUUGCUUGUUUAAGAAAUACAUUAAGAUUUUUAAUGAACCAUUGUAAAGCUAUCUUCAUGUGUUGCUGUUGUGGUGAUGUGUGACUAGGCUUAAUUUUACUGUAGCCUCAAUCGUUCUUUUAUGUUCACUAAACGUUGUCGUGCUUGUACAUAAUUCUUCCCAUAUUUUCUGUAAAAAAAAGGAUUAGAUAAAUUUAUAUUAAUCGUAA